AUGAAGAAGAACCACCGCUUAGCAGCUGCAGUGAUCUGUACAGUUGUUCUCUCGCUUUUGAGGACAUUUUUCACUUUCACUUUCUUCGUUACUAGCGUCAUUUGCAUUAUCAGUGCAGGAAGCCGUAUCGAAAGAUGCGAAGGCUGGCUGGGACUUUCGCAGAGAUCUAUUGACAGCCUUAAUACUACAAGCACCUUCGUGGAGACCACUGUUUCUUGCUUUCUGAUCUUCCUCAUCUAUAGAUGGAAAAAUUUCAACUUCAAAAACUUUCUUAGGGCCCUUGUACAACAGGCUCAUUUUUGGAUGUGGACGGCUUUGUGGGGUGCGCGUAUCAUACAAACGUUCUUAUAG